AUGUUUAUCUCAUCUCGAACUCCACCGGUGCCACCAUCAUCGAUAUCUCGUUUUGAUAGUAAUAGUGAACGUAGUUUUCAUACAAAUACAUCAUCAAUAAUUCCAUCAACAUCAAUACCAAAAAAUUUUAAUAUUCCUUUCGCUAUUCAACAUGGAUAUUUUCGUUGUAUUCGAUAUUUAUUAGAACUUUCACAUGAUCCAAAUGAACGUGAUAAUCAAUUGCAUACACCAUUAAUUUUAUGUUCGUAUAUAGAAAAUGAUAGAUGGAGUUUAUCACUUGCUCAAAAUUUACUUGAAAAAGGUGCGAAAAUUGCCUUAACAGAUCAUGCAAGGCGAAAUGCUAUGCAUCAUGCUUGUGCUCUACAACGUAUACAUCUUGUUAAACUCUAUUUAUCAUGUAUGGAAUUUGAUAUAGGAUCAAAGGAUUGCGAUGGAAAUACUUAUUUACACUAUGCAGCUAUAACUGGAAAUUGUGAAGCAGCUGAAUUAUUGAUAAGAAUAGCAGAUAAAAUGGGUGCACAUCUUGAUCAAUGUGUUAAUCGUGAAGGAUGUUCGGCAGCGGUUCUUGCACUUCGUUAUGGACAUAUUGAAUGUGCUAAUCAAAUUAUUCAUCGUGAUUGGGAUGAAUUUUUUGUUGUACCUCGUCCACUUUCAGUCUAUGAAACUCCACCUAUGACUGACAUUAAUCAUAAUCUAACUACAGCAUCAAAACCAAAAAGUAAAAUAUCACAAAAUUCAUCGACAAAUAAAAAAGAUAGUCGUCCAUCAACACUUUCUUUUGGUUUAUUUAAAAUACUUUUUAAUGAAAGCGAUAAGAAAUAUUUCACACAUUUAGCUAAAUUAUGCGAUGAAGGACAACAAUAUAAUCGAAAUAUUAAACAUAAAAAUCCAGACAUAUCCUCAAUAAUUAAUAAUGUUAAUCAAGUUAAAUCAACAGUUAAUAAUCAUUCACAAAAACCCAGCGCAGAAACAUUUCUUACAGAAUUACAAACAGUAAAAACUCGAGACGAACAUAAAAUAUCUCUAGAUAAAAAAGAAAAUACAAAUGGACUACCACCACGAAUACCUGUAUCCAUACAACAUCAUGUAUCAAUUAAAGAUCCUAGACAUUCAUCGUAUGAUAGAAAUAAAUCUAGAGCACAUACACCGGUUAAACAUCAACAUAAUUCAGAUUUCGUUAUCAAUCGUUGUGAAACUACGACUCCACCUUCAUUUGAUUCUUCACAAAGAAAAACAAAUUUACAACGUUCUAAAACACUUUUUCCUACUCGUAAUAAAAUAUCUAAUAAUAUCGAUGAUACGAAUUCUCGAAAAUCUCCAUCACCACAUAAAAAAUCAAGAAAAAAAUCAGCAUCAAACAAUCGUCCGAAAUCAGCUUCAUUUACUUCUAGACCUCAACAUUCGAAUUUAACAUUUGAAUCGUCAACUUAUUCAAAAACAUUUUUUGCUGGUCGUCCAUUAUCAGCACUUUUACAAAAUCAUCAUUGUCGUAGUCCGGUACAACAUAUAAUUGAUCCGUCAUGUUCAAUCCGGGAAGCAAAAGGUGCAGCAAGUCGAUAUAAUAAUCCAGAAGAAUUAUUUGGUAUCAAACCU